UUUUAAUUUUUUCGUAGAGGGGCGAAUGAAUUCAGUGUGCGUAUAAUGCUGUUCCUUUAGUGUUGUGUUCGGGCGCAACGCAAACUCACGCCUUUUUGAGCAUUUUCUCGGUUAACACGUGCAUCGAUUUGGAGUGCGUCGCCUUGUCGCCGGCUUGGAUAUUGUUUUAUUGAGAUUUCAAUGGGGCUAAGAACACUCAUACUGUGCGGCUGCCUCGCAGCGGCAUGUGCAACCCUAGAGGUAGUGAAUCAAUGGAGUUUGCUGCAGUUCGACUUCCCACCAGACCCGGUCUUGCUUGAAAAGUUCCAACCUGAAAACACUGUCCCAACGGGCUUAGAAGUAGGGUGGGACAGGCUAUACUUGGGAAUACCACGUCUUCGUGCAGGUGUACCGGCGACAUUGGCGUGGGUACCCCGUUCUCUACCACCCGGUGUCAGUCCAGUUCUUCAGGCGUAUCCGGACUGGUCAUGGCAUACAGCUGGACGCGGGGACAUCAACUGCACAGGUUUAAUAUCUGUGUAUCGCGUGCGUGCUGAUCGUUGCAACAGGCUUUGGGUAUUGGAUGCUGGUGUACUGACCAGCCUUGACGACUUCCGUCGUGUCUGCCCACCGAAAAUUCUUAUUUUUGAUAUGGCUACCGACCGCUUGGUGAGAAGUGUAUAUUUCCCGCGAGAACUGCUGCGUCCUGCGUCUCUCCUUACAAACAUCGUGCUAGAUGACAGCAGGUCAUCUUCUUCCCGCCAUUCCUCGACUUGUGAUAAUCUUUUUGCUUACAUAACUGAUACCGUCGCCCCAGGGAUCAUCGUCUAUGAUGGCCGAAGAGACAACGCUUGGCGCGUAACUCACGCAUCUAUGUACCCCGACCCCAACCUCGGAGAGUACGACAUCGGCGGUGAAAAGUUCACUCUCAUGGAUGGAGUUGUAGGUCUCGCUCACUCUCCUGCCCAGGGAUUACUUUAUUAUCAACCCUUGGCUACUGACAGAAUAUUCAGCGUAUCCACUGCUGUGCUCGCAUCUGGCCCUCCAGCAGAAGGAACUGACUUACCAGUUAAUCUAGUAGGACGUAAAUCUUCCCAAGGUCUUGGCCUGGCGGUAGAUCCAAGGGAUGACACCAUCAUCUUUAGUCCUAUGACUGAAACAGCAAUAGCCGCCUGGAAUCCUAUUACAAAUUCUCACAGAGUGCUAGCACAGGACGCAGACAAGCUACAGUUUUGCGCGGAGGUGCGCUGGGUGGAGCGCGACAACGGCGCUGUAUGGGCGCUUUCAACUCGUUUCCACAAGUACUUCAAGCGAUCUGUAUCGAAACAUGAGAUCAAUGUACGUUUGGUACGUGUCGUGGAAGCAGGUUACGGCGGUAGCUACAUACCUAUUCAACCGCACGUGCUUCGCCGUGCUGCUAACUUCACACCCUCGCUUUAUUGAACACUGAUAUAUUAAUGAAACUAAUAUCGUUUUAAAAUUUCGAUUUAUACAAUAUAUUAGCAGACGGCUUCCUUUCUUUCAUUUAGGCGUUCGGUUGUUAUUGUCGAAGUGUCUGAUAGUGCUGGUAAUAGUAUGUGUUCCAAUGCUGGACUAAGGUUUGCUUCAUUGUGGAUCGUUGGAUAUAAAUUCCAAAAAAAAUCUUGUAACAAAUUUCUACGCUAAGUAUUCAUUAAACUCCGAGUACUAAAUUAGUUGUAGCCACUUUGAAUUGGAAAGGCUUAAAGAAGGAUUUAACGCUUUAAUUAAUACAUUUUAAUUUAGACUUGUGACAGUGGUUAAAAGUUAAAACAUGUGAAUCGAUGAUUGCGGGUUCAAGUACCGCUGAAUUUUCAAGUGGUUAAUUUGUUUUUAUAAUUGAUCUCGUCCUCGUUGGAAAAGAAAAAUAUCAAGAGCAGCGUCUUAGAAUAAACUCUAAACCUUCUGCUCUAAAAGUGAAGAGGCCAUAGUCCAGUAUUGGGACAAUUAGAGGUUGUCACUUACUUUAUAAAGGCACAGAGGCUAUACUAUGUAAAAUGUGUUCAUUAAAUAAUAAUAAUUAAUUGCUCAUUUUAAAAACCGUUUUGAUUCUAAAUUUUUAUGUUUAUCAUAAUAACCGAGCGUCGUUCGUACUCUAGUUGAAUGCUACAGACUGCAAACGUUCUUAUUCUUCCAUAUACGGAUAUAAAUUUUUUUCGUAUUUUAAUAACUUAAAAUGUUCACAGCUGCGCCAUGGUAAAUAUUUUGAUAUUUGAUGUGAUCAAUAUAUAAUAUAAUUUGUUUUUCCUGUUUAAACAAAGUCUCUGACGAAUUGAUUCAGAAUAGUGAUACUGUGAUAUUACUCAUGUAACGUGUUUAUCUUUCGAAUUUAAUUAUACAGCUGGAGUUGCUAAUACAUCUUAUGUACAAUACCUGUGUGAGCAAAUUUCCUCAUAUCAUUGUGUUUACAACCAGUACUAAAGAAACGCAAAAAUACAUACACAUAUUUAUAUUAUAUAUAAUUGUUAAGUUAAUAUCAUAUGCACGUUAUGUUUUUCGUUUAUUAACAAUUUGUUACACCUUUACAUUUUUUUUCUGAAAACGUAUUAAGGAAGCAAAUUUAUACAUAUAUAUAGAUAUAUUUAAAAUGUAUCUCAAAUAAACCUAUUUUGUUUCGUCGCUGUGAAUAAUUCAAAACAAUGCCAGUGUUUAGAAAAGUUUUCUAGGCUUAAUGUAAUUAAGAUUAACAUAGUUUAAUUAAAAUUUAUAUAAUUGUGCAGUCUGUAGUUGUCUUUAGCUUAUUAUAUGAAAGCCAUUCAUUAUAUUUUUAGGGUCUAGUCUUUUUGGAAUAUUGAUCGUUUGAAACCAAAAAUCCUCAAUGACAAUUUUUUUUUCAAUAGACAAUCAAAUUUUAAAAAUAAUUUAAUAUAAUUUAUCUGGUACUUUAGUUUUCGUUAAAAAAAUUAACACAAAAUAACUUACUUUCUUUCAUAAAACUUCAAUUAUAUGUUAUUUUAUCUUUAUUGUAUGGAGUAAGACAAGUUACCUUAGACGUACCGUUUAAGUUACCGCUACUUAAUUUUAAGUAAGAUAGUGAGUUAACUUAUGUGUAAAUGUAAACAUAGUAUAAAUUCAUGGCUAUUUGUAUAAUUUGAAUAUUUUGUGUUUGACCGAAUAUACAAAUAUUUUAGAAUGUAUUUAUUAAUAUGUAAAAUUCAUUUUGUACUUUUAUAACGCAAUAAA